UGCGCUAGAGUAAAUAAGGUGCUUCGUUGCAGCCCGGACCAGCAACAACCAACAACAUCCACCACCUAUUGACCUGCGCACACCCGUAUAUUAUUAUCGGGCCUUCAGACUUGCAACACCCACCAAUGGUUCUCGUCAAUUGAUGCGCAAUGGGCCAUUCCGCAAGUCCGUCACCGUCGCACCGGCCGCGGAAGAAGAGAAGAUUGCUAUCCACGGCUGCUCCCCACUCGAACGUCGAUCUUAUUACCAACGCAGACUCCAGCAAGCCUUCCCCUGCCUUCCCGAUUGUGUCGUUCCUAUGGCCCGCGCGUGCCGGCGUAUCCCAAUGGGUCGUGCUACCUCUGAUUCUUAUGGUCGUUGGGCUAUUCCGCUGGUCAGUCAGCCUAUGGGGAUAUUCGGGCCAAAACACUCCUCCAAUGUAUGGCGAUUUUGAGGCCCAGAGACACUGGAUGGAAAUUACCACUCAUCUACCUAUAUCGUUUUGGUACUUCUACGACCUACAAUGGUGGGGUUUGGAUUACCCUCCUCUUACUGCUUACCACAGCUGGCUUCUAGGCAAAUUCGGUUCGGUCAUUGAACCUUCCUGGUUCGCCCUGGACGACUCGCGCGGAAUUGAAGGACCGUUACUCAAAGUUUAUAUGCGCGCCACGGUCGUGGUCUCCGAAUACCUCGUCUACGUCCCUGCUGUUGUUAUCUUUCUCAGGAGAUACUCCCGAAUGCAAGGCACUCACGUUUGGGCUUCUUCCAUUGCGCUGGUCGCCAUCCUUAUGCAACCCGCCACUAUUCUCGUGGACCAUGGACAUUUUCAGUACAACACCGUUAUGCUUGGACUAGUGGUAGCUGCAUUAGAAUGCAUGUUCGCCGGACGGAUGCUUUGGGCUUCUUUGUUUUUUGUAUCUGCCCUAUCCUUCAAGCAAAUGGCAUUGUACUUUGCCCCCGCGAUAUUUGCCUUUAUGCUUGGCGCCUGCUUUUCACCACGUGUCAGACUUGGCCGGUUGAUGUGCAUUAGUCUCAUUACGAUUCUUGCCUUCGGUCUAAUGUUCGCCCCUUUCAUAAUCACGCCGCUCUAUAACAAAUAUCGUGGCAUUGAGCUGGCACUGCCCAGUCCACCGCUCCUUCAGAAUCUUCCAGUGCAGCUGGAUGAGUCCUCGUGGGUGUUCCCUCCUGUGCUGCAGCUCGCCCAAGCAAUCCACCGCAUAUUCCCGUUUUCGAGAGGCUUGUUCGAAGACAAAGUUGCUAACGUCUGGUGCACUAUCCACACAUUCUACAAACUACACCGUUUUCCCUCAACUUUACUCCAACGCGCGUCACUUGGCGCUACCAUUCUAUCAAUCGUGACGCCAUGCACGCUCAUCGGCCUAUACCCUCGACCGACACUUCUUCUACCAGCGCUGGCAAGCACAGCGUGGGGGUUUUUCCUUUUCUCGUUUCAAGUCCAUGAAAAGAGCGUCCUUUUACCACUCCUUCCCAUGACCCUACUUCUUGGCAACGACCGUGGCUUAAGCAAGGAAACACGAGCAUGGGUUGGGUUGGCGAACAUGCUCGGCGUGUGGACACUUUUCCCGCUGCUACGACGCGACGAAUUGCGCGUUCCCUAUUUUGUCCUCACCUUGCUGUGGGCAUACCUGCUUGGCCUCCCGCCAACAUCGCUAGAUCUAUAUCGGAAUGAAUCGGCAGGGUCGUCUGAAGCUACGCAAGAGAAUGUCGCCGGAAAUUUGCAUGUUCUGACGAAGAUAUUGCAUUUGAUUUAUUAUUUGUCUAUGAUAUUUUGGCAUAUUCUUGAGGCGUUCGUUGCGACUCCGGCAGGGAAACCGGAUUUAUGGGUUGUGCUCAACGUUUUAAUCGGAGCAUCCGGGUUUGGCAUUUUAUAUCUAUGGUGCACGUGGAAACUUAUCCAACACACUAGACUAAUACGCUCAUCGGCGGCUUCAAAGGCGUCAAAAGGCCAGCCCGUGACUGAAGAGAAAAAAAGAAAAUAGAAGGGAGUCCGAUGGAGGCAAUAAAAUUGGCUGUGUGAUGAUCCGGUCCUGCUGUGACUUUGGACUCGUUUCUCCGAGCCCCGUGUGAUUCUAUAUACUUUUAUUAUUUUCUAAUUUCCUUAUUCCUUUAACUCUCUGAUUCUAAUAUCUUGCUCUGCAUAUUUUGCCCCUGUGAUACCCCAAACCAAAAAAUUUACUUGAGCUUUCCUCAACAUCAGCAGCAAUCAAAACAAAUUCAAUGCAUUUAUGGCCAAUAAUUCUAAUCAAUUCGGUUUUCUCAAUUCAUAUCUUUCUUCUGUACCAGCAGCCCAAUCUUCAGUGAUGAGCAUCCAUAAAGGGCAGGUGAGUUAAGAGUAUGAGCAAUGCUGAGCUCCCUCGCAAAGGUUAUAUGCAGCUAAAGGUGGAAUACAUCACUACCCGCCUUACAGGCUACACACUACAAUCAAUACACAGCUUUCAUGUAAAAUAUUUAGCUUUCAG